UUCUGGAAUAUGUGGCAGCGCUGCCACGGGUGGCCAUGUUGAAUGUUUGUGUCCACAGGUGAACUGAGGUGAAAUCGACGUUGAUAUGCGAGUGAAAAUAACCGUUUUAUCACUAGAAUUUAACAAAUUCAAGCCAUUUUCGUGACGAAUAAGGAAUUAAACCAACACUGGAGUCGGUAGACAAGACGCCGACCAUAAUAUAUGUGUUCGAAUCGGGUGAACUUUUUUAAAGUGUGUCAAGUGGAAAGUUUCGCUUCUGUUUUGAGUUUGAGCAGCAUUUUCUCGCUCUUCCGCCUUUUCCAUGAACGUUUUAACUCACUGAGAUGGGGAGCGACGAAGAUGGAUGAAAGUGGAGGGGAAUUUGCAGGCUAGUACCGGGUAUAGAUGAUCCGUGCUAAUGCCUGCUGUGGAGAGCUCCAACCAUCUUGAGCGCCACAUGGCCUAUUCCCAGCACCAGGGAAAGACUGGUCCUUCUCGGGCAGGGCCUCCUCCUCACUUAGUUCCACACCAUGCUCCUCACCCUCCACCAUCAGCAUCUUAUGGACCUCCUCCACCACCACCACCUCAACAUGGCUCGCACCCAGGGUAUGGACAUCAUGUCCCACCACCAAAUCAGCGUGGGCCACCCAUCCCGAGCGGUCCCCAGAAUCAGAUGGGACCACAGGUGGGUCAGGGCAACCAGCAAAGAUCGCAGUUGGGUCCUGGGAUGCAACAUGGACCACCACCUCCACAUGGAUCUCAUAAUCAGCGAGGACCACCUGGUAUGAUUGCACCUCCUGGUGUUCCAGGGCCUCCACAUGCACAGCAUAAAAUGUCAGGUCCUCAUGGUCAGUACAUGCCACACAUUCCACAUGGAGCUAAACUACCAAGUGACCGCCCAGACAUUCCUAAUGCUGAAAUGAGGCAUCCUCCGGCUUACCCAGAGCCCCCACGCUACCCUGGAUCAAGUGGCAUGCAUGAGGACUCCGAUAAGCAGCAGCCCCCAGCUCCAGCUGCUGGUGGACCUCAGGGACAGCCACCUGUUAAACAGUAUCCCGGAACAUUAGGGGGACCUGGUGGAAGCUCAGGGCCAUCUAUGAAUAGUGUAAACAAUAGUGGUAGUGGGGGAGUUAGUGCAGAUACUGCUAAACUGGAGGAGGAGUUAAGUGCCCUUAAUCGUACUGAACUUAUUGGGAGAGCUUUGAGGAUAGAGAGUGAAGUCAGGGAUUUGAAACAUUCAUUCCACCAGCAAGCUGGAGAAUUGAGGCACUUGCGAGAUAGCCAUCAGCGUCUUACUGAUGACAAUCAAGAACUACGUGAUCUGUGCUGCUUUCUGGAUGAUGACAGACAGAAGGGAAGAAAACUAGCUCGUGAAUGGCAGCGGUUUGGCCGUUACACAGCAUCAGUCAUGCGUCAGGAAGUGACUGCAUAUCAGAAUAAACUGAGAGAAUUAGAUGCAAAGCAACAAGAACUUAUUAAAGACAACUUGGAGUUAAAGGAAUUAUGUUUAUACUUAGAUGAAGAAAGGAACAAUGCUGCUUGCAGUCAUUGCGGACAUCCCAUGAUUACUCGUGAUGAUGGUGAUGGAUCUUCUUCAUCUACAAAUGCUGAUGAACCUUCAGGUCCUCCACCAGCUCCAACUCAAACUGUUACUCAAUCUUCAACCUCAGUUUCAUCAUCAUCUGAAAUACCAUUAGCUCGUUCGUCUUCAAGGGAGAGAUUGUUAGAAGAUACUUUAAGCCGCCAAAGGUCACCAAUGAAUGAGCAAGUGAUGUCCUAUAUUCGUUCUCUGGAGGCAAGAGUUAUCUUGUUAGAAACUGAAAAACAGCACCUUGUUGAAGAGCUAACAAAAGUAGAUCGUACUCACCCUGAAGGGGAAGUUGCAGACUGUGUAGAGGUUCCAUUUCCUCAACUGAAAGAUAAGCAGCUUGGUUCACGACCUCCUCAGCCUCCACCAUACUCAUUUUCUCAUCAUUUACGAGCUGUAGGACUAGGUUUAACUAAUAGAGCUCCUUUAGGACCAGGUAAGUUGAGUGCCAGCCAUAAAUUAUUGGAUGGGCCUCCCACCACCCCAUUAGUUUCACGACCAACAGCUGUAGCAGCUGCUAUGAGAGUUUUGGAGUUACAGGAGCAACUUGAUGGAUCAUCACACCCAUCAGGUGCACCUCCUCACUCACAGGGUCCUCCACCUCCACCUCUUCCUGGUGGCGGAGGCUCUAAUGUGACUUGUCCAGAUUCUGAACUGGCAGAUGGUGAAAAGGCUUUGCUGCGGCAAAUGUGUAAUGUUGUCUGGAAGAAACUUGAAGAGGUGCCAAGCCAGCACAGAUAAAUGACGUACCUGCAGACUGACAAGGGACACAGACGUGUAUGGUAGUUAGUUGUAUCGUUGAAUUGGGACUCUAUGCAAGUAUCGUACUGUAUAGCAGUAGCUUGUAGUUUUGUUAAUUUUAUAUGACAACUCUUUAGACUUUUAAAACUGUUAUCUCUUGACUUACUCCUAGAAUUAGAAUGGUGCAUCUUGAGGUGCCAAAGGUACAAAAAUCUUUACAGUAUCUGUUUGUAUACAUUUUAUACAGCUGCUGUCAUAAUAGUGUUAUUAUAAUAGGAGAAACAUUACAUUACUCAUGGUGUAAAUAUUUUAUAUAUUGUAUAUUGUAAAUUUAGAUGCUGGUUGUUAAUUGUAAUAGCAAUAUUAUUAGGCAAAUCUUAUUUCUUGGUAUUGAUCGUACAUAUUCUAUUAGAUUUUUAUACUCCUAAUUAGAUUUGUAUAGGCAUGUUUGACUCAAGUAAAAUUAUAGGUCUAUUUUUUAAGCUGGAGUCAGUGAUUCCUGUGGCUUAGAUUAUAUUGGUGUUUCAUGUUAUUUUAUGUACAGCUUAUGAACAAUAGUAUAUAAAAACUCGUAAAUGUAAAAAGGAAUUGUCAACUUUUAUUUUUAUUUAUAAAAUACAUAUUAAAAUUUGUACAUGUA